CCUUAAGGCAUGCAUUCUUAUUCGAAAUAGUGAUUAAUAGCAAAUUCCACAUUUUUGUGUUGCUGUUUUUGUUCUAGCUGUGUCCCCCAAGUUAUAAGCGAAGCUGAAAAUUUGAAAAGACAUUUGAGAAGAAAAUUCCUUUUGCUUUGUCUUUGUGACCCCUAGAGGAAAAGAUUCCUUGUGUUUCUGCUUAUGCUUAUUUCACUCGUGUGAACCAGGCUUAACAACACGUGUGUAAAAUAUGAAUAAUUUGUACAAGAGCUAGGAGUUCAGUCUAAACCUAGUUUUACUAAGCGCCAAACAAAAGGGGGAGCUUACAAUCUAUAUACUGUUAUCGAACUGACAAACUUCGAUUUUAUAAUUAGGGCUUUGCACUAACGAUUAAUAUUGGUUUUCGACAAAUAUAGACAAGUGUGGCAAGUGCCACAUAAACUCGACCAAUCUUACACUUUUGAAACGAUGAUAUUAACACUUUAUCAAAUGUCAGCUAUAUUCGUACAAAGUCGGAUGGGAGCUGCACGAUCCGUUGUAAUUGAACUGGUCUUUGAACACAGAUGACUGGAUGUUUAUCACAAGAUGAAGGAACGUGGGCCGACAGCUCGUGGUUAUAUUUUGACCAUAUGUCUUUGUUUACCGCGUAUGAAAAAGUAAUAUCUUGAGAUUGUCGGCGUACAGAAAUUGGAUAAGGUCACUCGUUACCUUCAAGUCUGUGGUUUCUUGAUAACGGCAGAAACAUUUAGUUUGUCGAUCUUUAAAGUUGUUUAUAUUGCUCUGGUGCAUCCGUCGAAGGGACUUCUGACCUCUCUAGAUCAACAACCUGUUGCCUGAAGGAUUAGGGUAAAUCAUUUCCUUGGCGAUGGAUAAAUUAUGGUUCGUUGUUUUGGUCAUUCUUCUUCAAACGAGAAUAUCUUCCCAGAAUUGCGGCGAGAGAUUUAUCGACGAAGACGAUGUUUCAAGAUCAAGAAGAAUUAUUGGCGGAAACGAGGCUGCCAUGAACUCAUGGCCAUGGAUUGUGAAUUUUUUGGCCUUCGGUAGGACGUCCCAGGUGUGUUCCGGAAAUUUGAUUCAUCCACAAUGGAUACUGACCACCGCACAUUGUUUUGUUUCGCCGUUUUUCCAAUAUUCUGUUGAUGAAUGGACUUAUAUUGCUGGAGACCAUUACCUUAAUGAAACAGAUCCUUACGAACAGGAACUGUAUCCAGACAAACUGUACAUCCAUCCAAAGUACGUUUUGAUGUCAGACCUUUCUCCCGGAGAUAACGACCUUGCUCUCAUUCGACUGAAAAAGCCUGCUAAAAUUACGCCUCAAGUGCGAACGAUAUGCCUGCCCAAUGAAGAUGAGAAUACCGAUUUCGAAAAUAAAACGCAUUUUGUCGUUGGAUGGGGCAAUAUUAUUGACACGCCAAAGUACACAAGAUCCAAUUACUUAAAGGAGCUGCGCAUGGAUAUUAUCCCUAAGGUGACUUGCAAUCGCAGUUACGGUGGAAAUAUCACGCAACGUCAGGUAUGUGCCGCUCAUCCUGGUGGGGGACAGGAUGCCUGUUUUGGGGAUAGUGGAGGGCCGUUACAGUACAUGAAUGAAGAUGGAAAGUGGGUCCUUAGCGGUGCUGUUAGCUGGGGAAUAGGAUGUGCUCGGAAGAAUUUGUAUGGUGUUUACACAAACGUGAAAGCGUUGCUUCCUUUUAUUCACAAAAUUUUAAAAGAGGAUAUGACAUGUGGUGUUCGCCAGAAAUACAAUACACGACCUAAACGUAUUGUCGGAGGUAACGAGGCGCCAAUGAACGCGUGGCCUUGGACCGUGAAUGUAAUUGACAAGGAAACCCAAAAACAAAUUUGUGGCGGAAGCAUCAUCGCUUCGAACUGGAUGCUAACUGCCGCACACUGCUUUCUUGGACCCGGCCGGGAAUCGGGUGUAGAACAAUUUGAAUACCAUGUCGGAGAUCAUGUAUUAGGAGAGAUCGAUAAAGAACAGCGGCAAAUUGUUCCUGAGUUUUACUAUAUCCAUCCCGAUUACAUCCCACCAACGUUGAUCCAUCCUGGAAAUUUUGAUGUUUGUUUGAUAAAGUUAAAGUAUUCACUGGCUUGGAGCAAUGCUGUCACUCCGAUAUGUCUACCAGACAAUCUCAACUCGCCAGCCGAAGACCGAUGCUAUGCAGUUGGUUGGGGAAACACGGAAGAUAAGCGUGAAUACAAACGACCCAGGGCGUUGAAACAGCUUCGGGUGGAUAUAAUAUCACACGAAAGAUGCAACAGCAAUGUAUCGUAUAAUGGAAGUGUUCCCGAGACGUAUAUCUGUGCUGGUUUUCCAGAGGGCGUGAACGAUACGUGUUACGGAGAUAGCGGGGGACCUCUGCAAUGCGAUAAUGGUGAUGAUUCGUGGAGUUUACGUGGUUUAGUCAGUUGGGGGAUAGGUUGCGCCAGACCUAAUAAAUUCGGCGUCUAUUCGAAUGUCUCGAAAUUUAUUCCGUUCGUAAAGAAAGUUAUGUCAGGUCGUGAUUCACGGCUGCAGGAGAUUCAUAAGAUGACUGUUAAAGACAUCUACGAGCAACAGCCCGCCGAAAGAAGCUUAACUCAACUAUGCUCGCUGACCUUGUUUUCGAUAAUCCAAUUUGCUAAACCGCAAGUCACCACAAUCGAUAUUGUGAGAACGUGGGCAUUAAUACCAUCACAAAUUACCGUACUGAAAGUCGCGACCCCAAAUGAUAUGGCCGAUGCAUUUAGGUGGAACGUUGCGAAAACAUGCAAGUCGAAAACUUUUGAAGAUUACUUUGAAAAAGCGCGUGGUGUUGAUAUUGACGCCAAAAAUGACACGUUAAGAAAAUUUAGUGAACAGCUUAACCUUACAAUUGUUGAAAUGGCAUUUUUCCUUCGACGAACCGUGGGCUCGUUGUUGUUACUGCCCAACAUCAAAUUCAAAAACGUCCAAAGAAGAGUCAACCAGGGAAGACUGGUGGAGAAUCGGGUAUCCCGCAUGAUUCAGCUUGUUAACAGUUUGAAAAACCUUCAGCCGGGCACUUGGUUUGAAGAAAAUAAACUUAAAGAGAUCGUGAGGAACUAUUCCUACAAAAUUGCUAAGAACCUCACAGAUAGUUCGUUACGACGAAUCAUUUCGACAAACCAUAUCGAUGUUUUCACGAAAUAUGUUUCGCUCAAAAAUCUUGGAAUAUUCUUUGGUAACUUGUCUCUGGACGACCUGAGAAUGAUGAAUUUGAGCGAGAUUGUUGUGAAUCUUAUUGGUAUGGAUCGGGACGAUUUUGUAAAUAGGUUUUCAAGCCUCGACGUUGAAAAAUCGCUCGAUAAUAGCAUAUACAACGUGGAAAUGUACUGGGAUAUUUCCUCUGAAUGGUUGACGCUUGAAAAACUGUUGAUAGCUUGGAGAUUCAUGGAAGACAAAUUCAACUGUAAUCACUGUGACGUUAGUUAUGAGCCCGAUUGCAAUAUCGUGUGUGCCCGGUGCGCUUCCGAUGAAUGCCGUCCUGUAAAUAAAAUCAUAGAGGGACCCAAAGUUCGUAACAUGAAGCUCGCGCUGAUCUUUGGAGUAUUUUCAGGUUGCCUGGUGGCGUUAAUCAUCAUCUUGCUUAUUUGCUUCAUAUCAAAACAUCAUCGUGCAAGGAACGCAAGUACGAGUGAAAAAGUAAUGACUGAUGACGAGACGGGAAAGUCCAGCGAGAGCCUCGCGUAUAAAACUACGUCUAAUAACAACGUUGUUUUCCUGCCGCCAAAUAAGGCGAUGAACGGGAAGACUGGCAGCUACGUCGCGCUGGAGUGCUGCGAUCAGGGGGAGAACAGACGAAAUGGGAAUCUUGAGUCGAUCUUGUAGGAUAGUGUGGAUUAGUUAGCGUUAGUUAGUGCUGCAUGGUGCCGCUAUGUUUAGCUCAAAAGUUAGCUAAUCAGCAUUGUCCUUAUUUUGGCAAGAUGAUGAUAACUUAGCAUAAGACUGAGUCGUUUCUAAGUGCAAAUUCACUUACAAAUCACAUUGCUGCAUGUCAUUUGCGCGAACAAAUCGUUAAAGGGCACCCUCCUUCUACAAAGAAACAUGGUUAUGUGGUAUGAGCGUUUUGCGCAAUUUUUCUAAAUCGAUGGUACGGUUUUAGUUAAAUACUCGAAAUCACGUUCUCUGCCGGGAAUGGUCAUGGGACGAUCUUAAUGCCCUUAUGUGGUAAAAUAUAGUAAACUUUGUAUAUAUAUUUAUAUACAAAGUCUAGUUUCAUAGAAUUAUAAUUUAUUAUAGACAACCUAAACGGUCAGCGUUUAAAUUAGUAGGUAACUACGUCCUUAGCAAACAUUCCAAAUGUAUUUCUCCCGCUUGCUGCCGUUCCGCCUAUAUAUAUUCCCUUCGCCUAUCAAGAAGGACAAAAAAUGGCUCUUUUUGCCAGCCUAUAAAGACCAUGCAAGGCCAUACGCAAUCUUACCGAACGUGAUGUUAACCAUAUAAUAAAAGUAGUUCAAGUCUUCACAAGCGGCACCUGUAGAUUAUUUAUGUUACCUGCGGUAUGUAGUCAAUAGUCAUGCGCACGA